AUGUCGUCAGAAACGCCCCAGUCCCUCAGCUACACCAUGCACAACAACUCAGGCACAGAAACCAUUAUCCUAAUUCAUGGCGGUUUUAGCAGCAAUAAAGAAUGGGACCAGAUACUUCCCGCCAUAUCUGAAAAAUACCAUAUCUUGAUCCCAGAUCUCCCCGGCCACGGCGCCUCGUCACACGUACCCUUCAGCGUUGAGCAAUCCGCCAAAUUGAUAUUGGACUUGAUAAGUUCACUCGCACACAAUGGUCGCGCACACAUAGUCGGCUUCAGUCUUGGUGCCCAUGUUGCUGCCUGCGCCGCGGAAAUCGCUGCCCCAGGCCAGGUUUCUUCACUUGUCGCUACGGGAUACAAUUCCUUUGCCACGCCAAAGAUGCUCGUUCCCAUUCUCGUCCCGAUGGUCUAUGUUCUUAGCCACUUUGUGAUCGGCUUGACUGAUCCACGGGCACAGUGGAAUGCGUGGGUGACGGGCACUUGUUCAUUUGCACUUGCGGGAGCUGUUGUGCGUACUUUGUGUGACGGCCGUGAGGUGGGGGAGAUAUCUACUAGAUCCUUGAUCAUUGCUGCGACUGGUGGUGUACUUUUACCUAAGGAUAAGGUUGAUAGUGCAAGGGAGUUGUUUGAGGUUGUUGCUGGUGGAGCAAAUGGGGGGAGUCGGGUGGUGCAGAACCGUGGCGUGAAUCAUCCAUGGCAUGUCAGUGAUCCGAAGCUGUUCUCUGAGACCUUGCUGGCAUGGAUUGAAGGAAGAGAGUUGCCUAGUUCCUUUGAAGAUGUUGAGAGUCGCCGGAGUAACUGCAGGUUCCGCAACAUCGAGAUAGAACGUCGCUGUCAACCUCACAAUGGGUCCACAAAUCAAGAUGUUUGCUGGACCGCUGUCUGCCUGCACACGGCCGACCCGUACGAACCAUCGCUCUUCCAAAUGCUUAUGUCUGAAUGCUUACAAUGCGACACAGUUUCGGCACCGCUGGCAACAUUUUCUCUAUCACGAUGCUUCUCCACAACCUCACCCUCCUUCGAUUGGCUGAGACCGAAAUUUCAAGAAAAGUCCAAGUCCCCUAAGGGUCGCCCUCACGUCGCCACGGGCGGAUCCACACGAGGAACAACAGUCGUGUGGGGAGACUUCGGAUUGCGUAUGAAGGACCACGACCGCCGAAUGCCUGCGUCUGCACUGAAGAUCGCCGAAGAGACUAUCAAGAGGCGACUACGAGGAAUGAACUACAAGCUGUACAAGCGUGUCAGCGCCAACGUUGGUGUCUACACCAAGGGUAACGAGCAGCGUAUGGGUAAGGGUAAGGGUAAGUUCGAUUACUGGACUGUCCGAUUGCCCGUGAGCCGAGUCGUCUUCGAGUUGAAGGGAGAUGUGCACGAGAAGAUUGCCCGCGAGGCUUUCAGAUUGGCGGGUCACAAACUGCCAGGUCUCUGGGAAUUCGUCAACAAGGACGACCCCCCUGUGGUUGGAAUUACAAAGCUUGGAAACGGUGUUACCCUCGACACCCUCAAGCGCGCGCGCAGAAACCCACCCCUCGGUACCGAUGAUCUCGCUUCUCCCCCGAAGAGCGCCUCCUCCAGCUCUGACCCUACCCAAUAA